GAGAGGUGGCUAAAGGAGGGUCUUAGUUCUCACUGACUGAGACUUGCCUGUUCCCCUGCCCCCUGUCCUGUCUGUUCUCCAGCAUGCUGUGUCUGUGUGUCCUUGGAGGCUCCUGGAUGACAGCUAUGAUGUUGACAUUGAUGCUGCUGAGCCCUCCCCUGGCUUUGGGAAGGGACACCCCACCACAUUUCUUGCACCAGGCAACCUCCGAGUGUUAUUUCACCAACGGGACGGAGCGGGUGCGGUUCCUGGACAGGUAUUUCUACAACGGCGAGGAGAACGUGCGCUUCGACAGCGACGUGGGGGAGUACCGGGCGGUGACGGAGCUGGGGCGGCCCGACGCCGAGUACUGGAACGGGCAGAAGGACUUCCUGGAGGACGCGCGGGCCGCAGUGGACACGUACUGCAGACACAACUACGGGGUCGUUGAGAGCUUCACGGUGCAGCGGCGAGUGGAGCCCACCGUGACCGUGUACCCCGCGAAGACCCAGCCCCUGCAGCACCACAACCUCCUGGUCUGCUCUGUGACUGGCUUCUAUCCGGGCCACAUCGAGGUCAAGUGGUUCCGGAACGGCCAGCAGGAGGAGGCUGGGGUCGUGUCCACAGGCCUGAUCCGUAACGGAGACUGGACCUUCCAGACCCUGGUGAUGCUGGAGACGGUUCCUCGGAGUGGAGAGGUCUACACCUGCCACGUGGAGCAUCUGAGUCACACGAGCCCUGUCACCGUGGAGUGGAGGGCUCAGUCAGAAUGUGCACAGAGCAAGAUGCUGAGUGGAAUCGGGGGCUUUGUUCUGGGUCUGCUCUUCCUGGUGGUGGGGCUGUUCAUCUACUUCCGGAACCAGAAAGAAACUUCAUGGAUCACAUCUCUCCCUUUCUACUCCCAUUGGCAUCAUGUUGUGGGUUGUGACGUAAGAGAAAUCUAAGGAGGACACUCUGCACUUCAGCCAACAGGACUCCUGAGCUGAGGGGGAGAUGCUGACACUCCAGGAAGAACCUUCUUUUGAGGCCUCUUCGCAGAGUGAAAAGGUUUCCUGCUUGGCCAUUACUCUGCCACAAACACAGUGCUUUCUCAGGACCUGGUUUGUCCUGGGCUCAGUGACCCUGCAGACCCUGUGCUCCCUGCAGGCUCCCUCCACCCCGUCCUUGACCUGGAAGUCCCAGUACUGACUGGACUACCUUGUCUUCAUUCUUCUGGCCCCUGUGAACGCUGCCCUCACAGCCUCUCCUGCAUCGGAACUCACCUUCUGCUCAUGUGUCUUCAUAAGCUUCUCUCAAAUAAACAUGGAGUGACAAUCA